AUGGACCGGGCCAGGCGACAGCGGGUGCUGGCCCUCCUCCCCGUCUGCCUGGCCCUCGCCUUCUCCCUCACGGCCGUGGGCAGCAGCUACUGGUGCGAGGGGACCCGGCGGGUGGCAAAGCCGCUGUGCCAGGACCACCCGGGGGUGCUGCACUGCAUCCACUACAGCAGUGGCAGCAGGGACAACGGGACCCAGGCUGUCCAGUACAUUUGGGAGAUGGGAGACGACAAGUUCACCUGGCGCAGGUUCCACCUGGGGCUCUGGCAGUCAUGCGAGGAGAGCCUCGGCAGCGCAGGUGAAAAGUGUAGGAGUUUCCAGAGUAUAAUACCAGCUGAAGAACAAGGUGUUUUGUGGCUGUGCAUUGGGGCUGAGGUCCUGAAUAUCCUUCUGACAUUGACCAGUGCCAUCCUCCUGGGCUCCAGAGUGAGUUAUCACAGCUCUGGAUUCCACUGGCUCAAGGUGGAUGCCUCUGUAGCCAUCCUCAUGGUGCUUGCAGGGCUCCUAGCCAUGGUGGCCCACAUGAUGUACACAACCGUUUUUCAAAUCACCGUGAACAUUGGACCAGAAGAUUGGAAGCCUCAGACGUGGGACUAUGGCUGGUCAUACUGCCUCGCGUGGGGUUCUUUCGCCCUGUGCAUGGUUGCAUCAGUCACGGCCACGAGCAGAUACACGGCAGCCCGCCUGGAAUUGGCAGAGAAGAAAAGCGUACGGAAGGGCAGUCAGCUCUCUCAACACAACUUCCAGGAACCCAAGUCUUCAGAAGGUGUUUGGGAAACAGAAGCUGCUCCCAGCCCUGCUGGGUGUGCCCUUGUCAAUAUAUCUGAGCACCUGCCAUCAGAUGCCGAAGGCAAGGUGUCCAUGUGCUAG